AUGACCACCUCUACUGCUUCCACCUCUCUUCCUUCUAUUGAUGUCUAUGAAGAGAUUAAUCGCCUCUCCAGCGUUGAGAUGAAGAGAAACUCACUGACAAGGAACGGAGGAACACCAGGGAUAGGUAAAACUCGGCUUGGUAAAGAGGUUUUCAAUAACAUCCAAAUCAGUGAUCGCUUGCCCUUUCAGCCACAUUUUGAAUACCUUUAUGUGGACUUUUGGAACGGCAUCCAACUUGACCAAUAUGAUGAAAACCUAGACGAUUCAGUGAUUAUUGGCUUGCGCAUUGCCUACAAGUUCUUCAUUCUGGGGAAAUAUAAUUUAGGAUUUCAGGCCUUUCGCCAACUUGCAGAGCCUUACGUCAAAUUUCUCACCAUCGAAGCAGUCUUUACAAGCAUUCGAAACAGAUUGUCUCUCCAAAACACUAAACAGACGCUCUUCACAUUUCUCCAUAUUGAUGAAUUUCAAUUGAUCUUUAAAUGGGAUGAAGAGGUUAAAAAGACUACAAACCGAGAGCUCUUUAAGAAUAUGAGCAGAAAACUUACGACAUACAUGUUCGGCCCGCCCAAAGACAUUUUCGUGCAAUUAUUUCUUUCAGGGACAGCACCGCAAGCUAUCCUCAAGGAAAAAGAGCCGACAAAUAUCUCGUUUGAAUUUAUCAGAGGAAUUUGGUGGAAAAAAAUCAAUGGCGAGUACGAGUGGAAACUUUGUUACCCAUUUCUUCAAAUUAUACGGGAUACUGGAGGAUUGUCUCGUGCACUACAACAUCUACUUGAGAUCUGCUUUGAAGAUGUAAACGAACAUGGAUCCGAUUUCUUUGGAGAUAUCAACAGCCAAUAUUAUCAAACUAUCUUUUCCAAGAUUAUUGCUCAACUUGAUGGACUCUACAACAUAAAAAAAACCAUACGAGACCAUUAG